UAAAGGAGGUUAUUUCUUUUUGGGAACCAAAUAUGCGGUUGCAGCAUCUUAUUGCACUAUUAAGUUCUAUUUUUCUGGUUGAUGGACAAGACGAGUGCCCUGAAAAUGUGGUAGAAUUUUGUGGAAUCCCCAUCCAAGACUUGAAAUUCCCAACGCGUAACAGUGAACUUGAAGAACUAUGCACAAAAUUGAAGCAUUUUGCUGAGUGUGUAAUUAAUAACAAAGAAAUAUGCCCAACAACAUCUGGUCCGAGUUUAGAAUUUGCGCAAUCUCUUCUAAAAACCUGCAAUACAUUUUGCAUGAAGGAGUCUGCUUGGUUUAAAGGAGCCGUAAAAUACGGCAGUUGCUACGACAAUUUUGUUGGUAUUGAAGAGACCAGAGAGAAAUGCUCACCUGAUAAAGUUAAUAAGACUAAUCGCCUUUUAUCAAGUGGGCCUGAUGAACUUUUUCAGUGCUAGUAAGUAUUUCAUGAUUUCAAAAGAAGGACUUGAGAGAGUCAAGUAGAAAGUCUCAUUCUUUCUAAAGUUUACACUUUAACAUUGAAUAGUUAUUUGGUGAUAUUAUCUUGAAG